AUGGUCUCCUCCUCCACCGCGCCCACCUCCACCUCGGGUGCAACUUCGCACUCGUUCCUGCCGCGCAAGCCCUCGCUCUUCCGCCGCGACAGAUCGCGCAACAAGGACGGCGCCGACCUGCCUCCCCGCAGCAGCACGCCCCAGCCCACCAGAUCCGUGACGCCCGUCCCGCCUAUUGACGAGUCAGACGUCGUUUCGAACAGCUCGCCGACGCAUCGCGGGAAGCAUUCCUCGCGGCACAGCUUCGCCUCGUCCGUCGCAGACUUCGGCUCCAGCUUGCGCCGCUCUGCCUCCCUGCGCUCCUCGUCGUCCAAUUCCGCCAAGGAGCAGCCGCUGCCGUCGUCGUCCCUGGCCCAGGCCACCCUCUCUCCCGAGAAGCCCACCUUUGCUGCCAAUGCCUCGUCGAACAAGCUCCUCGCCACUUUCACGCGCGGUCGCCAGAAAUCCUACGACGCCAGUGCAGCUGCAGUAGCCAACGAGCCCAAAACACCCGGAAUGGCCAACACCGUCGGUGCCUCGCACGGCAUGUGGGCCUCGCGCCCGUCGGGCACCGCGCAUUCGAACUUGGCCUUUGGCCAGAACAGCAACGCCCUGGGCGCUCCCGCCAACAUCCCUCCUGUUCCAUCCGCUACCGGCGGACACAAUCCACACGCUAUCUUCCAGCACAUCCACGACAUGUCGUCGAAGCGCAUAUCGACCUUGGACUACCUCCGGAAAGCGCACGACGGCAGGGUUUACUGGUUCAACACGCUACUGUUCAACAAAACCGACCUCAACAAGCUCCCUUACUUUUCGCAGAAGACCCUUUCUAAGCGAGCCACCAACUACCUGCUCCUCGGUUUCUCGCUCCCCACAAUCCUGGAUCUCAAUUCCAACAGCGCUUCCGACUACCUCAAGGCACUCAAUGCGCUGCUCAUCGAGUUCGAGACGUAUCAAUCGAUCCAUCCGCCUGACGGAAAUGUGUCGAGCAGCUUGGGUCGCGGCCGUGUGGCGGGCAUGUUCAAGAGGGCGACGCACGCGGCGUCCGGAGCAGCGAAGGGCAGGCGGCAGAGCUCCGCCACGGAAAUCGGGCUGAUGGAGGUCAGCGACGUCAAUUCGGCGCCCAUGCUUCCCAGCGGCGAGCACAACGACCACCUGCUCCCCGGCGAGGAGUACACGCACCUCAUGACGCCGCACCUGCCCUUCGAGCCCGACUUCUUCGAGACUUUCUCGACGCUGUGCGACGUCCUGAUCGACUGCUACACGAAGAUCAUGAGCUUGGUGAACGGCCCAGAGACGUGUGGGCCCGGUGUGGGGGAGCUGUUCGCGAAGGCGGAUGCACGUGUACGAAAGAUCAUCGUUGCCGGAGUGGUCCGCGAGUUCGAAGACGCAAGCCGCUCCGGCGUGAAACAGGAGGUUGCAGGCGUCGGCAAAGUCGUUCUCGGUGGGCUGAUGUAA